CCUCAUGAAUAGUAUGCAUGUUCUUAGCUGCUCCAGAGAUACCAUGAGCCCGAUGAAACCUGUGGAGGCAGGAUGUAUCUUGUUCCAUCUUGAACCUGCUAGUUUCAAGGCGUCAUAGAAUGAAAUGAGAUCGUGACAGGUGGAGGUUGAGGAUAUGGUGAAGCCUGGCACCUUGUCGACAGCAAUACCUUUAUAACACUUCUAUGGAUUCGAUGGAAGCCAGCAAACGACAGGCUACAGGGAGCAGUAUUGCAGGAGAACCCUUUUCCACAAAGUGGAAGAAAUUGCUGAGCUCCAAUCCUCACCUUUCAGCAGUGAUUUUGUGAUGCAAGUUCCAGUAGUUUCUCUUUCUGUCAUAAUCACCUUUAUGGCCUCUUCUUACUAAUGUUUGCCCCAGUGCUGGGCACAAAGAAGAAGGAUGCUGAAGAAUGGGUACCCCCCUUUUGGCUUUUAGAACAUGGGCACUUGUGUAAAGAUGCAGCUGUGAUCCUCGGCUGUGUGUAUCAUCGAAGGGACCUGAUGUUUUACAUUAUUGGUGGGAUCACGGUAUCUGUGGUAGCUUUCUUCUUCACCAUUAAGUUCCUUUUCGAGCUUGCCGCACGUAUAGUCAGCUUCCUUCAGUAUGAGGACCGGGAACGCCGAGGGGAGCGAACUAUUUAUGACUACGUGCGAGGCAACUACUUGGAUCCCCGGUCCUGCAAAAUCUCCUGGGAUUGGAAGGACCCCUAUGAGGUGGGCCAUAGCAUGGCCUUCCGAGUGCAUUUAUUCUAUAAAAACGGGCAACCCUUCCCUGCUCACCGGCCUGUGGGGCUGCGAGUGCACAUCUGCCAUGCGGAGCUAGCAAUUGAUAUUCCUGUGACCCAGGAAGUUCUUCAGGAGCCUAAUUCAAAUGUGGUGAAAGUGGCCUUCACUGUGCGCAGGGCUGGGGGAUACCAGAUAACUGUAAAACUCGGUGGCUUGAAUGUGGCUUACAGCCCCUACUACAAGGUGUUCCAGCCAGGGAUGGUGGUUCCCUCUAAAACCAAAAUUGUUUGCCAUUUCUCCACUCUGGUGCUGACCUGUGGGCAGCAGCACACUCUACAGAUAGCUCCUAGAGAUGAGUAUGACAAUCCCACCAGCAAUUCUGUGUCCCUCAUAGACGAGCACAAUUACAGCCUCUCCAUCCACGAGCUGGGUCCUCAAGAAGAAGAGAGCUCUGAUGUUGUGUUUGAGAAGUCUGUGGUGUCCAAUCGGCAGACUUGCGAAGUGUUCUUCCGACUCACCUUGCACUGUAGGGGUUGUUUCCAUGCCUGCAUCUCCUACCAGAACCAGCCCAUAAGCAACGGUGAUUUCGACAUCAUUGUUCUAAGUGAGAAUGAAAAGAACAUUGUAGAACGCAAUGUCUCCACCUCAGGUGUCAGUAUUUACUUUGAAGCCUAUCUUUAUGAUGCUCCAAGUUAUACCAACACUCAGUGGCAACUUCCACCAACACAUCUGAGCUCCUUCCAGCGCCGUCCUUCUACUGCAACUGAGGACGAAGAUGAAGAUUCUCCCUCUGACAGCCAAACCCCCGAGAAAGUGAAGAAACCUAAAAAAGUGUACUGCUAUGUGUCACCUAAGCAAUUCUCAGUGAAAGAAUUUUAUCUGAAGAUCAUUCCAUGGCGCCUUUACACCUUUAGAGUAUGUCCUGGCACAAAGUUUUCAUACCUUGGUCCUGACCCUGUGCACAAAUUACUGACACUGGUGGUGGAUGAUGGGAUCCAACCCCCUGUGGAACUCAGCUGCAAGGAGAGGAACAUCUUGGCAGCCACUUUCAUUCGCUCUCUGCAUAAAAACAUAGGAGGUUCGGAGACCUUCCAGGACAAAGUGAACUUCUUUCAGCGAGAGCUACGUCAGGUGCAUAUGAAAAGGCCUCAUUCGAAGGUCACACUGAAGGUCAGCCGUCACUGUCUGCUGGAAUCGUCUUUUAAAGCAACACGAAAUUUUUCUGUUUCUGACUGGAGCAAAAACUUUGAAGUGGUUUUUCAGGAUGAAGAAGCUCUGGACUGGGGAGGUCCACGCAGAGAGUGGUUUGAGCUCAUCUGUAAGGCAUUAUUUGAUACCACCAGUCAACUCUUUACUCGCUUUAGUGAUAACAACCAGGCCUUGGUGCACCCAAAUCCAGGUCGUCCCACGUAUUUGCGACUCAAGGUGUAUGAAUUUGCAGGCCGCCUGGUAGGAAAGUGUCUUUAUGAAUCAUCUCUGGGAGGUGCUUACAAACAACUGGUCCGAGCUCGCUUCACUCGAUCCUUCCUGGCUCAGAUCAUAGGACUUCGUAUGCAUUACAAGUAUUUUGAAACGGAUGACCCAGAAUUUUAUAAAUCCAAAGUCUGUUUCAUACUGAACAAUGAUGUGAGUGAGAUGGAUCUGGUCUUUGCUGAAGAGAAGUAUAGCAAAACAGGACAACUGGAAAAGGUAGUGGAACUGGUGGCAGGAGGGGCUCAAGUACCAGUGACCAAUGAAAACAAAAUCUUGUAUCUAAAUCUGCUUGCACAGUACAGGCUGGCCAGUCAGGUUAGAGAGGAGGUGGAUCACUUUCUGAAAGGUCUUAAUGAACUAGUUCCUGAGAACCUCCUGGCUAUUUUUGAUGAGAAUGAGCUUGAGUUACUUAUGUGCGGUACUGGAGAUAUCAGUGUCAGUGACUUCAAGGCACAUGCUGUAGUGGUAGGAGGAUCUUGGCAUUUCCGUGAGAAGGUCAUGAGAUGGUUUUGGACUGUGGUCUCCAGUUUUACGCAGGAGGAACUGGCCAGGCUCUUGCAGUUCACAACUGGUUCCUCCCAGCUGCCCCCAGGAGGGUUUGCUGCACUCUGUCCUUCUUUCCAGAUCAUUGCGGCUCCAACUCACAGUACUUUGCCAACAGCCCACACUUGUUUUAACCAGCUGUGCCUCCCUACUUAUGACUCCUAUGAAGAAGUGCACAGGAUGCUGCAGCUAGCUAUCAGCGAGGGUUGUGAGGGCUUUGGCAUGCUGUGAUUUCCCAUUUCCAAGAGCCCACUUAGCCUCCUGGCUCUUCGUGGCAAGACCCAGGUUCAGUCCUCUGCUUGUUCUCCUUCCCUUCACAUGGGCAACGGAGGCAGAGCAAAGACUCUUUAGUAAAGGAAUUUGUCAUCCAGAAGAUGUCACGUGGCCUUUCCGUAUCCUAAAUAUGUCAUCAAGAGCUCUUUUUUUUUUUUUCCCUUUCCCUUAUUCUCCCUUUGGUUCAAUGUGAAACAGCAGAAGGACUGUGGUGCAUUCAUCAAGGAGAAUAUUGCACUUGAUUUCCCUGUACCCUGUACACCCAUUCUUCUGUGAGAAGAUGUUUAUAGACAGAAGUUGAUGAGGUGCAGGAGAUGUGCUGAGCUGCCUUUAUCGAAGCUCUCUGGGAGGAAGAGUGAAGACCAGCACGGAGCUCUGCUGGAAACCUGGCUCACAUGAAGCCUUAGAAACUUUCCAUGUCUUAGCUCAAAUCCCCCAAGCGAUGCACCCUGAUGACUCCUCUAACUCUGUGACUUAUGAAGAGUACGGCGUUGUCCAUCCCUUCAGCACUUGACCCACAAGGGUUUCUGGUUCUCCUUCUCCAUCUUGCUCUGAAUGCUGCUGUUAUCUGUGCCACAGAGGAAGAAGCGCAGUAUCCGCUGGAUGGAGUAACCCAUCAUCUGAGAACAAGUGCUGGCCCUGACAGCAAUCCUGUACUACCUCCACCAGGGUCCAGCAGCAGAAGCGUCCUUCUCCAGCAGUGGCUGGUAAUGAGCCUCUGCAAAUGAACUGGAAGAGGAGUUUCUCCUCCAUUGAAUGUUUCUGACAGUUAAUGUUGCACGGGAAGCUGUCCCAAGCCCUUGCCUUCUUUUCCUUUCCUCAGGAGAGAAAGUAUGGGCAUGAGUGUGAUCCCUCAAUGCUGAGCACCAAUGCCUACCCCCCAUUCACCUUCAGGGUAUGUAUGUUAUGUAGUAACAGUGACAGGUCAGUAAGCAGCUACAGUGUGCACUGGGCUUAUGUUUAUUGUUGGAGUGAUGGUACUGGGCAGAACAUGGCUCCUCCGCACUGGUAUCCCACAGGGUCUUGGCUUCUACCUCUAUCAUGCAGGAGCCUGAGGCUCCUCUUUCUCUGCUGCAUUUCAGGCCGUUUCCAGAGGGGCAGUGGUGCCUGAAAAGCAGCUGGCUUUCUGUCCUUGCAAUCUUCUUACCUUCUUUCUUCAGCUUUCCUUUCCUCCUGUUCCAUUCAGUGCUGCUGGCUUUCCAGCACAAGAUGUUAACUAGAUCUUCACUCAAGUGAUCACUCAACAGCACUUACCAUUGUCUGGCUUGUGGGGAGAGGAGUGGGCAGACCAACAGAAGUAAGCUUGUGAUUGGGGUGUGGUUUUGCUGGCAGUCCACUCAACCCUUCCCAGAGAAAUAAAGGGAUGGGGAAUCUGGGAAUCUUGAUGAGUUCUUCAGUGAAGCAAAAUUCCAGAUCUUUUAAGUUCUCAACAGUCCCUUAGGCAGUUCAGGUCAGGAGCCAAAGACAUACAGCAAUCAAGAUGUGAGAAAUCUGCAUUGCUACUGCCUGCAAUGUAAGCUUUCACUGAAUUACGGAAUUGCUGGAUUUCUUCCAGAAUGGAGUCUCAAACUGGCAUCCCCGAGCUAAUUUUAGAACACCACCUUAGAUAAAAAAGUCAAAUCAUCCUCUUCAGCCCCACUGCGUGCUGUCCUCAGGCUGAACUGAGCAGACCUCUGCACACUAUAGAUAUUUUAAGAUACCGUGUGUGGUUUUUUUCCAGUAAAGCUUAGUUGAAUUGACUGGUAUUUUAGGGGGAACAUUCUACGUCUAGAAAUGUUUUUAAGGCAGCAUCUUAGUCAUUCUUGGCCUGAGUGUGUUACUUCUGUUCUGAAAAAAUAAGCCAUGUUGGUGCCAAAAAGCAACCAGCUGAGCAUUGAGACUACUCGGGGAUUUCUUUGCCUUGUGAAUUCAUCCCCUCACUGGCACCUUGGUGCUGGGAGGCUGCCAGCUUGAGAGUUGCCAUUGCUGCGCUCUGACAGAUAACUCUGGUAGUGGCAAUCUCCUUUUUUUAGUGCAGGCUCCAUCCUGCAAGGUCCUGAACUCCUUUGGGUGGAGAGUAUGGGUAUCGCUUUAUUUAAACUGCAGGUGGCUUCCAUCAUCAGUAGAGUUACAGCUCCUGUUUCCUCCAUGCCACCACGUCACUGCUUUCUCCAAAGACUGAGAGGAGGUGACAGUGUUUAGCUUAAUUCCUGUUUGUUAGGAUGCGUAGCUUCGUGCUGUUUUCCACACUACAACCUUGUUUUGCAGUCUUACCUGGUGAGGAUGUUUCCAGUCUUGUAGCUGUGGGCCAACUCUGCCAGUGACAUCUUCCUCAGGAAUCUUCUCCUUUCUUCUCUUGAGCUGGACUUUUUUAUUCUGAGAACAUAGUAGGUGGACAUUGGGCAGUCCUCUUCUGCUGAAAAGAGCUCCUAAAUGCUUCUCAUGGCAUUGCAGCCAGCACCCCAUGUCACACCUCGAGAGGCAGAGUAGGACCCAGAACUGCAUUUAAACGUUUACUUUAUUACCUAUAAUGUUACAAUUCUAAGUCAAGAAUAUAAGCUUAAAUCUAGACCAAAUAUUAGCAUCCUAUAAGGGUUUGUGAGGGACUAUACGACCUGUCUGGAGUUCAAUGAUAAAGUCUUUUUAGAUGUUUCCAUGAAGCUGCUGCAGGUGAAGUUUUGCAGAUUCUCCGGUGCUCGGAGGGUUUGGAUCCAUGAUGUUAUGUUGACGUUGGUGGGGGUCUCAGACCAGCUGAGAGGGAGCUCCAAUUAUGACCCGCUCCUCUUAUCCUCUUAUAGUCCCUUCUGGAGUAAUAACAUCUGGGGUAUCAGUCAACCCAGCUCCUUAUCUUUACCUUUGGCCAGUGAUGCCGCUGGUAAGGGACACAAUGGGUUACCUUGCCCCACUGCCAGUGCAACCUGAACCAGCAUGUAGGGAUCCGAAAAACUCCAGGAUCAUACUUCAAGUCAUUUCCAACACACAAAACUCAUGGCUUCCAUAUCCAUAAGUCAUCCAAGUACAACAUAUAUUUGUUUCUAUUCAUAAAUCUUAUUAAUACUUCUGUUUUCAUGAUCACCUCUGAUUCUUUGUUUUGUGGCUAAGAUGUAACUUUGCAUACCUGCCUUGAUGUGUGAGAGGGGGUGACCAGGGGCCAAUUUGGUCAUUGUGAUAGGCAAACGAGUGGCAGACAUAGUGGCUAGCUCAUUCUCCACAACUCAUCCUUGCUGCGCACGUGGGCUUUGAUGUGGCCACUGAUGUAGAGUGGCCACCAGACCUCCGUCUUGCUCCUCUCCUCCCCACAACUCAGCAGAGCAGCAGCUCUCUUCAGCAGCUUCAGGGGGGGAGGGAUAUGUCACCCCGCUCUUUCCAACAACUCUGCAGAUGCCAAGGACUUUUGUCUUAACACAGGUGCAUCAGAACUGUGAUGGGUGCUCUUAGUCAACUAAACCCAUCUCCAUUGUUUCCACAGGCUCCCAGCUGGUCCCAUGUUCCUGAGAUCCAUCACGAUGUGUCUAAACUUGUCUCUAGCUUUAUACCCUUUCUCAGUGCAGUCACUUCUUAUGCUGCCCUUAACACUGACAAUGGGGAUGUGCUUGGGUCACCUAUACUGUAUGUCACUUCUGGCAUAGGAUUGUUACUUUUCUUUUUACCCUUUAUUUAUUCCCCUUUAAUUGAGGCCCUUCUAUAGAAACCUUUAAGAUCCUGUUAUCAUAUCAGACAGAUUCAAUGUUUCCUGAAGCUGCUCUGGCUUCAGCCUGCACCUGCAGCCCACGUUGCAUGUUUUGAGAAACCAGGAGCUGUGGAUGAUAAGGUCAAGUCUUAGUUCCCUCUGAUGAAUUUCUGGCACAGUUCAGCCAAAAUUUGGAAGCCUGAGGUUGUAGCUGAUUUUGUAAAUAGUUUGUAUAAUAAAUAAAAUAUUUUAAAAAUG